GUUUGCUACAGGAUGGUAAGACAGUUACACAUAACAGUAAGAUAGAUAAAAGGAACAAGAGAAAGAAGAAAGUUUCACAUAGUUUGAGAGUCCAACCAGCAGCUCAGUUAACAAAAAUACAUAACUUAUCCAGGCAUCUCCUGUGUUGCCACUUCUAUGGUGCAAAAUGAUAGCUAAUUCAGCUGACAAAAUCUCAGAAAGGGGAUGAAGAUGAGCAAGACCUAAGCUAUCCCAUGCCAAGCUCAGCAGGAGCCAGAGGAAGCAAUCCCCAGUUGAAUCUAAACAAAACUAUGGAAAACAGCUAAAACUAGAAAUUGACAAACCUUCUCAUGCAAUACGAUAAGCUAUGAUCCUGCCUCGCCGUGGAGGAGUUGCACAUAUGGUCAGGAGGAUGAGAGCUAUAACGAGUGCCACGAGAAAACCAGUGAGAUCCAAACCAUCUCCUUCACUUAUUUCGGUGCAGAUCAACUUUCCCAUCUCCAAGUUUGUGAGCAAAUUCUGUUGUUGCCUCCCUGAUGGAUUCUUCAGAGAAACUACAAAGGAAUGCAAAUAAUACAGAGGCACGUUUAACACAGGUUUGUUCUUAUAUUUCUUCCUCAAGUCAAGUCAUCGAUGGAGUAUGAAGGCGACUCUGCACCCUGAUUUGAAGAAUUCUCUGAAAAAUUAGUUCUUUGAGGUUGACUUAAAUGGUUAAAAGAACACGGAUUCAAAUCUCUUUAAUAUCCUUUAAAUGAAAAUAAUUAUGAUGUGUCAUA